AUGCCUUCCUGCUUCAGUUUCUGCUCCGCACUUGUGCUGGUAGCAACCACUUAUGUCCUCACAGCAGUUCAUUUCUUCACGUUUCUUUCUGCAAUUGUAGUUUCAGCGGAGAAAGUCACAACCUGUGAUUCCGACCGUUUGAACGUUCAUCGCCUACAGUGUGAGCAAGGAGUAAUCAACGUACGGCGGGCUUUCUACGGCCGCUCAAACUCGGCGGUGUGCGCUGAAGGCCGACCUCCACAGCAAGUGGAAAACACGCGUUGCUCUCGCCGAGGCACAGUUAACACCCUGAGAAGAAGAUGCAAUGGCAAAAAGACGUGUGUGGUAAACACAGAUUUUUUUCGCAAUCCCGAUCCCUGUGUUGGCACCUUUAAAUAUUUGCAGACCACCUUCACCUGCUUGCCCGCAACUACCGUGGUAGCAUGCGAGGAGACUUUGGCGCAUUUGUCUUGUGGUUCUGGGAAAGUUAUCUUCGUCUAUGGUGCCGACUACGGACGUCGCGACCGGACCACGUGUACCUUCAGAAGGCCUGCGAGACAGAUACGAAAUGUCGAAUGCCUACGUCCGACUAAAAUUGUCCAAAACAGGUGUAAUGGGCAAAACAGCUGUACCAUUCGUGCAAGCAACAAUGUGUUUGGAGACCCCUGUGGAGGCACCUACAAGUACUUGGAGGUUGCUUACACGUGUCGAUGUAAGAUGUUUUUUGCCUAUUUAACAUUUCAAGCUCAUUUUUAA